GGCACACAGAGCAGCUCUAGGCUUCCACUGCAUUGGAUGAUCACAGUAACGCCUUACAUCUACAGGGAAACUCUACAGAAGUAAAGCAUCUUUAAGAUAUUCAGAAUGCAGAGCCUGAGUGUGCUACUGAUCUUUGCCCUUUGCGCAUCAAGCUUGUGCAACCUUAUCCAGGACAAACAGACAGAUUUUGGGCUACAGGUGUUUGCUGAAGCCGUCCAGUCUGCUCCGGAUCGAAAUCUGGCUCUCUCUCCAUAUGGUAUCGCCUCGGUGCUGGGAAUGGCUCAGAUGGGUGCCUAUGGCGCUACUCUAAAACUGCUCGCCUCCAAGAUGGGCUACUCUCUGCAAGAAAGAGGAAUGCCCAAACUGCAGAGGCUUCUUCAGAGAGAUCUGGCCAGUGAAGAUGGAGUGGAGGUAGCCAGCGGGGUCAUGGUUGACCGGAAGAUCAUCUUGGAAAAGGUCUUUAGGCGCAGCUUGAGCAAAGCCUUCCAGAGCGUCCCACACCAGAUAGACUUCAGCCAGCCAGAGAUGGCCAGGCAGGUGAUCAACUCCUGGACGUCUGACCACACUGAUGGAAUGAUUUCUGAGUUCCUCCCAUCUGGAGUGCUGAGUGAACUGACACGGUUAGUCUUCCUGAAUGCCCUGCACUUCCACGGGGUCUGGAAGACACCAUUUGACCCCAGAAACACUCGAGAGCAGCUCUUCCACACAGUUAACGGCAGUGCUGUAUCUGUUCCCAUGAUGACAACCACUCAAAAAUUCAACUAUGGUGAGUUCGUGUCUAAGGAUGGCGUGGACUAUGACGUCAUCGAGAUGCCUUAUGAGGGGGAGUCGAUAAGUAUGCUCCUGGUGACACCUUUUGAGAAGGACGUGCCUCUGUCUGCCUUGAACAAAGAGCUGAGCAGCAGCAGGAUCCACCAGUGGAGACAAGAAAUGAGGAAGAUAAGCAAACAGCUGUCUAUUCCAAGGUUCUCCAUGGAUACUGAAAUUGAUCUGAAGUCCACACUGAGCAGAAUGGGUCUUGGAGACAUUUUCAGCCAGAGUAGAGCUGAUUUCUCUCGCAUUACUACUGAGGAACCUUUAUGUGUAUCCAAGGUCCUUCAGAGAGUAAAACUUGAAGUGAAUGAAGAAGGAACCAAAGGCUCAUCUGCCACAGCGGCCGUCAUCUACUCCCGUAUGGCUGUGGAGGAAAUCACACUUGACCGGCCGUUCUUCUUCCUCAUUCAACACAAACCCACUGGUGCAUUGCUCUUUAGCGGUCAACUCACCCAGCCUCAGGAAUACUAACAGACCAAGGUUGUCCCAGAAGUAACCAUACAAGCAGAUGAACCGAGGAGACGUGUCUGCCCGCAACUUACUACUGAAGACAAGAAGUCUCUUUUAAAAAUGAAGUUGGAGAAUGCUGAACCCUCUGUAUCUGCUAUUUCAGCAUAGCUUGGACUGCCAAAUGUGUAUAUAUGGUUAUUCAUUAUGUAUUCUGGACGAAAGACAUAAAAUAUAAAAAUGAAAACAAAUAAUGACCAUUUAAGGCAUAUAUCGGAAACAUCAAGGAUGAAUGAACAUGAAUUUGAAGCCUCAGUAGAAAGGUUCUACAUGCACUAACAGUUUGAAGAGUGAAUUAUUUGUACGCUUGUGUUCAGUCUAAUGUUUAAUGUGCUUUUAUAUUUUUGUAAAGUUGUAUUUUACAGUAUUUAUAUUAAUUUAUUGUUGAAGGCCAUAUUUUCUUAAAGACUGUUUAUUAAAAAUGUUUCUUUUUUGUAAUAAAAGUGACCCUAUGCGACCA